AAAAAGAAAUUUCCGGCAAACAAUUUUGUAGUUGCUUUAUGUUGUGCAUCACAUGUAAACAUGGUCCAGAAAAUGUAACUAAAUUAUGGAAAGUAAUCUUCAAGAUCAACCAAAUGUUCUUUUUGUUGUGAGAGAUAAUUCAUCCGCCCUUAGUUUUGAUUUAAAAACUAACAAAUAUGUUGGACCCAAAGCAGAAAAACCUUCUCAGAUGAUACUGCUCGACAGAUAUUUCGCUUCGGAACAGCGAUUUCAACUCGGAAAAUCGUUGUUUGCAGACAAACUUAAAAACUUGCAGGGUCGAGAAGUCAUCAUAGCUGGGUUCGAUUAUCCACCUUAUUCAGUAAUAAAACAUAAUUCCAGUACUAAUGCUCAAGACAUGGGUGUGAGUGAGGAAUCCGAUUUCAAAAACGUUUACAUAGAUGGAACUGAAACGCGUAUUGUUUUAAGUUUCUGUGAAAAAUUUAAUUGUACCAUUAAAAUAGAUUCAUCUGACGCAGAUGAUUGGGGCAAAGUUUAUCCAAAUAUGUCUGGAGAUGGUGCCCUUGGUAUGCUUAUAAAUCGUAAAGCAGAUAUAUGCAUUGGAGCUAUGUACUCGUGGUCCGAAGAUUACACAUACCUAGACCUCUCCAUGUAUCUUGUACGUUCUGGAAUAACAUGUCUUGUACCAGCGCCUUUGCGGCUGACCAGUUGGUAUCUUCCCUUAAAGCCUUUCAAAGAAUCUUUAUGGGCUACAAUUUUAUUAUGUCUAUGUGUGGAAGCCGUAGGAUUGGUUUUAGCAUAUAAAAGUGAGCAAGCGCUGUAUGAACAUGCUAGUUACCGUGUGGGCUGGUGGACUUGCAUAAGGUUCGGAGUAUUUACCACCUUUAAGCUUUUCAUAUCGCAAUCAGAAAACAGCAAGGCAUAUUCACUGACAGUUCGUGUACUACUCUUUGCCUGCUUUCUUAAUGAUUUAAUCAUAACCAGUAUAUAUGAUGGUGGGCUUGCCAGUAUAUUGACAAUUCCCAGCCUGGGCGAGGCAGCCGACACCGUCCAUCGUUUACGAUUGCACCGAUUACAGUGGGCGGCUAACUCUGAGGCAUGGGUCUCUGCCAUACGCGCUUCUGAUGAGCCAUUAGUGAAGGAAAUAUUGAACAAUUUUCACAUCUAUAGCGACGACGAGUUGCUACGCUUAGCCCAAGGCGAGGAUAUUCGCAUUGGAUUUUCGGUGGAGCGUCUGCCAUUCGGUCACUUUGCAAUUGGGAACUAUUUGGGGCCUGAAGCGGUUCGUCAGUUAGUUAUAAUGAAGGACGAUCUUUAUUUUCAAUAUACGGUGGCUUUUGUUCCAAGACUUUGGCCCCUCCUUGAGAAAUUCAAUACUCUAAUAUAUAGCUGGCAUUCUUCUGGUUUCGAUAAAUACUGGGAAUUCCGCGUAGUGGCCGAUAACCUAAAUCUGAAGAUACAGCAACAAGUCCAAGAAACAAUGACAGGAAGUAAAGAUAUUGGUCCGGUUACGCUUGGCAUGUCAAACUUUGCCGGAUUUAUAAUUGUCUGGAUAUUGGGAUCUGCUAUAGCUACGUGCAUUUUUUUGGUAGAGCUAUUUACAAAUAUUUUAUAA